CCCAGCCAGCAGCUAACCCCGGCAUCUCCGCGGCCAGGGACAGAGCUGCAAACCCACCCCCGAGCCCUCCGCUGCCUAGGCUAGGUGGAUCUGUCGCGGCUCCAACACCAGCCCCCCCACUCUCUCCAAAGCCAUGGACGUUCGUCUUGUCUUGUGCCUCCUCUGGGCUCUCCUAGCUACAGCCCAUGCACGUCCUUCCAGCUGUUACCAGAGCAUCCCCGGGGAAAGCAGCAUAGUGAGGAACUGUAGGAGUUGGGAAGAUUCUUGCAUCACUGCCCAGGAGGUGAACACUAUCGAGGGCGUGGUGAACACGGGCGUCUUCCAGUCCUGCAUCCCCAGCCAGUUUAGCCUGGAGGGCGACCUGGACUUCGAGUUCGGGGAAGGCGUCUACGUGAGGGUCCACUCCGAGAUCUGCAGAGAGACCAACUGCAACACGGGGGAGAUAAAGGAACGCCCCCAAAUCAGCACCGUGCCCAACGGAAGACAGUGCCCGUCGUGUUAUGCCCUAGGAUCCAACCACUGCCGCCACAACAAGAUCCUGCACUGCCAGGGGGCUGCCAACCACUGCAUUGACAUCACCGGGACGCUGUCAGAGAAAAACAUCAACAUCGAAACCCCUUUCGCAGCCAGAGGAUGCGCCACCAAGGAUGUGGCCAAGAUCAAAGCCGGGAUGUGCCUGGUGUCGGGCGUAUUCAUCUAUCAAAUCACGACCAUCCAGUUAAGCCCGGCCCCCAAAAUGGAGUCCGUGGACGGCUUCUGAUGCCCUGCUGAGCUCCAUCCCACUGGCACACCCCCGCUUCGAGCUAUUCCCUCCCACUCCACCCCCAGGCCUGUCCGUGGCUGGCCCCCCAGCUGUGACUCAGUUUCCCCCCACCCAAGGGUGCCAAGCCCCCUUCAUAAAGCGCUUUGAGACCCAUAGGUCCAGGGCCCAAGCCAGAGACCCAUUAUGGGCUUUGCACUAAGCGUGAUGAGCUUAAAAACAGGCCUGAGUAUUAGAGACCCAUUAGCAGCUUCUCCCCAGAGUGUGCUCUGAGGGGUAGAGCCCAGGAGUCCUGGCUCCCAGCCCCCACUGCUCUAACCCACCAGCCCCCACUCCCCUCCCA